GGGGGGGGUGGGUUUAUCUCGCUAUCCCCUUCCCCCCCCAAGUCCUGGCACUGUGUUCGUGGUGUUGCUGCAGAACAGGAAUUACUGCAGGAGCAACAUAAUGGUGGAGCAAAUUAGUUGACACGGUCCAGCAGGACCUGGGAGUGCCGGAGGGAUGUGGCUGAGGAAGCGGCUGGUGUGACGGGAACGUUCCCAGCUCAUGGUGCAGCUGAGCCAGAUGUUUCCUGCUGGGCUCUGGCUCUAGGAUGUUGGAGAACCGAGAGGAAGAGCUGACCACGGUGCGUGUUCAGGACCCCCGGGUGCAGAACGAAGGCUCCUGGAACUCCUAUGUGGAUUAUAAAAUCUUCCUCCAUACCAACAGCAAAGCCUUUACUGCCAAGACCUCAUGUGUGCGGCGCCGGUACCGUGAAUUCGUGUGGCUGAGGAGGCAGCUCCAGAAGAAUGCUGGCUUGGUGCCUGUCCCAGAGCUGCCCGGGAAAUCCACCUUCUUUGUGGGCAGCACGGAUGAGUUCAUCGAGAAACGGAGACAGGGGCUGCAGCAGUUCCUGGAGAAGGUCGUGCAGAACGUGGUCCUCCUCUCCGACAGCCGCCUGCACCUUUUCCUGCAGAGCCAGCUCUCGGUCCCUGAGAUAGAGGCGUGUGUGCAAGGCCAGGGCUCGCAGACGGUGACAGAAGCCAUCCUGCACUACGCCAUGUCCAACUGCGGCUGGGUGCAGGAGGAAGAGACCCGCCCCGCGCUGCUGCCGGGAGGGGACCUGCACGGCAGCUGUGCCGGCCUGGGAAGCCUGCAGGGUCCGAGCUGCCUGGAGUCCUUCCCAUACUGGAGUGACUUCGGCGUGGACGACACCCACUCGGACAGUCCGGAUGAGCCAGCGGAGCCCCUGGGCGGUCGGCAUGAGAUGCAGUGAACGGCUCCAGCGACGGCACCCGCCUUCCCCAGGGCCCCCCCCCUCGCUGGAUGAGGGACCGCAGCCGAGCUGGAGGGAUGGCCAGGCUGGGGGGACUGGGCCUGCACUGGGGGCAUGGCCUUGGCCUGGGCUCUGUGACUCGUGGGCCUCACGUGCUCUCUCCCUGCUGACUCUUGACUGUCCUUGCUGUCCCAGGCAGUGUGUUCGUAUCGCUCUUCUCUUUGGAGAAGAGAUCUAGUGGUUAGUGAAACCUGUGUUUGUUGUUCCCAAGGCCUUUGCUCUCUGACUGGAGCAGUAGCAGGGCUUAGUUAGGUGGCAGUGCCAGCCAGGCUUUAUGUCCCUGGUGUGUCCCUGGCCCAGGGCAGGGUGGGAUACGCCGCCUCACGUCCAGCACAACAGAGGAAAGCUUUCCUUGGCAGGGCCACGGGCUGGGAGCUGGGGCUGGCCACUGCCCAGUAGGUCUCCAGUUUAGUCCCCUGUGCUGCAGGCAGGGGAGCUGCGUUUCCGUGCUCUGCGGCUCCUGGGGAGGGUGGUCUCAGGGUGGUCUCAGCUGCGUGGGGCUGGAGCCUGCACGUGGGGUGCUGAUGCCACAGCCACACUCACCCCACACGUUGCCCACAGACGGAACUGAGCUUCCCCCUGGGAGCAUGGGGCAGGGGAAUGAGGUGGUGGGGA